CUUUGUGAGGCGAGCCUUUGGCGUGGAAGCUUCGCGAACGGGCCUGGGACGCCAUUAAGCGCCGUCGAUGGCGACCGGAGCGAACGCGACGCCUCUGGGGAAGCUCCAUCCGCCGCCGCCUCCGCCUCCUCCGCCGGGGAAAGCCGGCUACCCGCUCCCUCCGCCGGGCCUCGUGAUGCAGGGCCCUCCCCCUCCGCCGCCGCCCGCGCAGGCCCAGCCCCAGCCGGCCAUCCCCAGCCUCAUGGCGGCCGCCGCGGCCUUCCCUUUCGCCGCGCUCCCGCCGCCGCCUCCUCCGCCGCCUCCACCACCUCCGCCGCCGCCUCAGCAGCCCCAGCCUCCGCCUCAGCAACCUCCACCUCCUCCGCCGCCUCAGCAAGGCCAGCAGCCGCCUCAGCAGGCCCAGUACGCCCAGUACCGCUUCCCCUCGCCUCCCCCGCCGCCUCAGGCCGCUCUAGGCCUCGAGCAGCAACAACAGCAGGCGCAGGCGGCGGCCCAGCAGCACCUCCACCUCCACCUCCAGCAGCAGCAGGACGAGGGCGGCCAGGCCGGGAGCCAAGGCAAGUCCGCCUAUCUCGCGCUCAGCCCAAAUUAUCCUAAUAAAAAAAGAAAGAGGAGCAGAUGGAACCAGGACACCAUGGACCAGAAGACUGUCAUCCCUGGAAUGCCCACAGUCAUCCCUCCUGGGCUUACCCGUGAACAAGAGAGAGCUUAUAUAGUGCAACUGCAGAUAGAAGACCUGACUCGUAAACUGCGCACAGGAGACCUGGGCAUCCCCCCUAACCCUGAGGACAGGUCUCCGUCUCCCGAGCCGAUAUACAAUAGCGAGGGGAAGCGCUUGAACACCCGCGAGUUCCGCACCCGCAAAAAGCUGGAGGAGGAGAGACACAACCUGAUCACAGAGAUGGUGGCGCUCAACCCAGACUUCAAGCCCCCGGCUGAUUACAAACCUCCAGCAACUCGAGUGAGUGACAAAGUGAUGAUCCCGCAAGAUGAAUAUCCGGAAAUAAACUUUGUGGGGCUCCUGAUUGGACCCAGAGGGAACACCCUGAAGAAUAUUGAAAAGGAGUGCAACGCCAAGAUCAUGAUCAGAGGCAAAGGGUCUGUCAAAGAAGGGAAAGUGGGCCGGAAGGAUGGCCAGAUGCUUCCUGGUGAGGAUGAGCCGCUCCAUGCUUUGGUGACGGCCAACACCAUGGAGAAUGUGAAGAAGGCUGUGGAACAGAUAAGGAACAUUCUGAAACAAGGCAUUGAAACCCCAGAGGACCAGAACGACCUGCGCAAGAUGCAGCUGCGGGAGUUGGCCCGCCUGAAUGGGACACUGCGUGAAGAUGACAACAGGAUUCUGCGCCCGUGGCAAAAUACAGAGACUCGCAGCAUCACCAACACAACAGUGUGCACCAAGUGUGGAGGAGCUGGCCACAUUGCAUCAGAUUGCAAGUUUGCCCGGCCUGGGGAUCCCCAGUCGGCACAAGACAAGGCACGGAUGGACAAGGAGUAUUUGUCUCUGAUGGCUGAGCUGGGAGAAGCUCCUGUCCCUGCCUCUGUUGGGUCAUCUUCUGGACCCUCCAACCCACCCUUGCCAAGCGGUCCCAGACCAUCGGGGCCCGGAAAUAGCCAGCCACCACCUAACCGUCCACCGUGGAUGAAUUCUGGCCCCUCUGAGAACCGGCCUUUCCACAGCAUGCAUGGCGGUGGUGGCGGUGGUGGUGGUGCUGGUGGAGGAGGAGGAGGAGGCAGUGGCGGCGGUGGUGGUGGCGGUGGAGGAGGAGGAGGAGGGCCUUCCGGGCCUAGUGGCCCUCACAACUUCCCUCAUCCCAUGUCCAAUAUGGGGGGGCACGGAGGCCAUCCAAUGCAGCACAACCCCAACGGCCCUCCGCCGUGGAUGCAGCCUCACAACCCACCAAUGAACCAGGGACCACAUCCUCAUGGCCCUCCUGGCCCCCACCACAUGGAUCAGUACCUGGGCAAUGCGCCAGUGGGCUCUGGGGUCUAUCGCCUCCAAGGAAAAGGUAUGAUGCCGCCUCCGAUGGGUAUGAUGCCCCCUCCGCCCCCUCCACCCGGUGGCCAGCCUCCUCCGCCUCCUUCUGGUCCUCUCCCCCCAUGGCAGCAGCAGCAACAGCCUCCGCCCCCGCCCCCCAGCAGCAGUACUCCCUUGCCAUGGCAGCAAAAUACGACGACCACCACCACGAGCGCUGGCACCGGGGCCAUCCCUCCAUGGCAGCAGCAGCAGGCGGUGGCGGCGGCUUCUACGGGGGCCCCGCAGAUGCCCGGCAGCCCCUCCAUGGUGCCUUUGCCUCCCGGGGUCCAGCCUCCGCUGCCCCCCGGGGCCCCGCCGCCUCCCCCACCCCCGCCGCCUGGCUCCGGGGGCAUGAUGUACGCUCCUCCCCCUCCCCCUCCCCCCAUGGACCCUUCUAACUUCGUGACCAUGAUGGGGGUCGGGGUGCCCACUUUGCCACCCUUCGGCAUGCCCCCCGCUCCCCCGCCGCCCCCGCCACAGAACUGACCGACAGGUUUCGACACCUAUCCAGUUGUGUUUCCCACCAGGAAUCGUGUGGGAGGGCGGGGGGGGGGGGUUGUGAUAUCCCCUUGUCCCAUUCCUAUUUUGACAACAAUAGCAGAGGCUAUUUUCCCAACGGGGACGCAAACGCUCACUCCCCACUGCCAGCUGGGGGUCACCCCAUCUUCCUCUAACAAGAGUAAUGGGGGUCUCCGGCUUCUGUGACGUGCCCUGCUUUGGUCGAUCUAGAUUUUUAACCUCGAGGCGCUCAUUUCAUGCCGCCGGUGUCGUCCUCCAUUGUUUCACAGCAGAGCAAAGGGGUUUAUUUUGUAUUUACGCCCUGGAAUUGAGAUCCCGCGCGCCACCCCCGAGCUGGGCUUAACCAGUUGGUCUUUAUUUCUUUAUUUCUUUCCUCCCCUUCUUAGACUUCCCUUCUUUUUGAGACUUUAACCCUCCCCGUCCCAUUGAAUAAUUAAAGAUGGACGCCAUCUCGGUUUGUUGACGCCUGCGUUGUCUCCGGAGAGGGCGUCUUGGUUUGUUGACGCUUAGAAAAUCCCCCCCUCUCUUUUUUAUUUUUGUGGUUGGGGGUGCCCUCCAUCCCUCCCUCCCUGGAUUGAAUGAUUUUUUUUUCUUGUCGACGAUGAUGUGCGUAUGUAUGUACAAUGCUUCAUUCAGUCUCCUGUAACCAUUUUCUUAAUUGCGGGGUGGUUUUUUUUCCCCUCUGUGUGUGUAUAAAAAAAUAAAAUUUCAGUCAAGGGGAGGUUCCCAUUAAACGCGGCUUUUAAAAUA